AUGGGCGACUAUCAGCCCUACGUGACUAUCCGGUCGCGACGGCCCGCCGACGGCAACAGCGUAGGCAGUGCAGACUCGACUGUAGGUGCAAGGGUCUCGACACACCAGUCGCGUAGAGUCCAAGUAAGCUCACAAGCUGGUCUUGCUCAGUACGGAUCCAGCUCCGGCGAUGCGCCCCGUACCGCCACCCACGAUGUCAGCCGCGUGAGCUAUCAUGUGAAGCAUCUCGACAGCUUCGCGCAGACUUUGGAGGAUUCCGCCAACCGAGCAUUUCCCAACCGCGGGAGGUCCUCGCAGCGGUAUACGAAGGUCCAGGCCUUGCUGCUCCACUGGGGCUGUGAUGACCUCUUUGUGCUGCCUGAGCUGGAGGACCUGGAAAGGUGUCUCCGCGAGGACUAUGCCUUUAACACAGAAAUCUUCCCCAUACCGUCCGAAAACUCACAUCUAGAGCUCAUGAUGCAAGUGGGGAAGCUGAUCAAAGACCACGAGGCCCAAGACACUCUCUUUUUAGUCUACUACGGUGGACACGCCAGGAUAGACGAGUCGAGACAGAGUACUUGGUGCGCAACACGGCAUCCCGACUCGCCUUGGCUUCAGUGGUCUGCGAUCCAGACAUUGCUGGAACGUUCGGCAUCCGACGUUCUUAUCCUUCUCGACUGCUGCGCCGGGGCUGCAAGCGCAACGUUUCCCAACGGCAAUAGCAUCACCGAGACCAUCUCCGCCUCGAGCUGGGAUGCCAUCGCCCCAGACCCGGGUCGCUACUCCUUCACAAACGCCCUGAUCGAGGUGAUGCAGGAAUGGCGCCUCCGCGCCUUUUCUGCGGCGAUGCUACACGCCGAAGUGCUCGCCCGUUUGAAGCACCCACGUCCCGUCACCAUCAAUGGCAAGCUCUUCGAGGCCAGGUCGACUCCCGUUCAUUUCAUGAUGACGGCUAACCACAAGGCACCGAGCAUCGAGUUAUCCCGAGUCGUACCCGCUGAGAAAAGGCCGCCCUCGCCUCCUCAGGAGGUCGCAGCGGCCGUAGAUGGGAGUGAAGCGCCUGAGGGAUUGCCUGGUGGGCGAGGGCCAGGUGCCCCCAUCUCUGGCGAGCCGAAUGAGGAUACACCUCAUGUCAUGAUUUCACUCGCGCUAGAAGAUGAUCAGCAGCUGGAUCUCAACGCAUGGGAACAGUGGCUGUCCAACUUCCCGGCCAUGGCCAAGUACGUCAAGGUUCAGGGUGUUUUCAAAAGCCACUCUACACUUCUCCUUGUGUCCAUGCCGGUGAUGGUAUGGGACCUCCUGCCUGAGGACCAUGCCACCUCUUUUGUAGCUUUCAUUAGGUCAAACAACCUUGUGGCCCAGAAGACACAAAAAGAAGAGGCUGAAGUCCAAGUACCAACCAGCAGAGGCUCUCGUGCAGUAUCUGACAGGAUACAACCUGACUCUGCGUCGAUGAAUACGUUCUUUACCGACCAUACAUACACAUAUGCUCCGACGGAGACGGGCAGCGUCAUGAACCAGCAAGUAGCUGGUCUACAAUCGUUCUCUUUUAGCGACGGGCCAGGUUCAAGACGAGACACAGAAGGACAGCUCGCAGGCCCGGGGUCGCCAGUAGUAUCACCAUCCUCAUCGCCGCUUGGUGGUACCUCGCGGCCGUUGCGGCCUGCGAAUCCUGCAGCAUCACCCGGCAUUCUUCAGCGCCAACUCACUUCAUCUUCUCAAGCUUCAUCUGAGGCGGUGAUCACGAGGACGAUGAUACCCAAUCAGCAGAGAAGUGCACGUACAACUGUCUUCCGCGAUAUACCCGAGCCGCCUAGGUUCUCACAGCACGUCGAGACGCUACUCCAGCAAUACUACCGGCAAGAACCUAUGCCCAACGACGACCAGAAGAACUUUGUUGCCUCAAAUCUGGGUAUAGAACUAUGGCACGUCGAUGCCUGGUUCCAUUAUCGGCGGGAAAGAGAUAUCGUCUCGCAGCAAUUUCAAAAGCUCAAGAUGAAUGACCCGGCUCCAGAGGCAACCCAUGGAGCUCAGAUGAUACUGCCCCAUCACCUCAAUAAAAUCAUUGAGAUCUUGCCCGCCGGCAGGAUACUACUGAUUGACCUCAGACCACCAGCCGACUAUGAAAAAUCCCAUAUUAGAGGCGCCAUCAACCUUCGUGCGCCCCUAAGCUUUGUACAAGAUGCAUCGUUCGACAUGAUCGAGCGCGCCUUCCCGGAUCACGAAAGCAGACAAAAGUUCGGAGAAUGGCAGUCGGCAAGCUGCAUGGUACUCUACGCCCGCGCCGUGGACUCUCCCGGGGAAUGUCCUCUAGCCGACGUACUAUACGACAAGUUCAAGAGCUGGGGCUGGCGUGGUCGAUGUUUCGUUCUCAAAGGCCAUUACAGGGAAUUCAGCGUGUCCUACAGCAAAUCCAUCGCCGGAUCCAAGAUGACGGACGAGGCCAGGGCAUACGCGGAAACCCUCCUUCGAGACAGCAACCAGAAAUCGACAUCGUCAGUAAAUGAUGACGCGGCGAGGAGGGCCCAGUACGAGGAGCUGCUGAUGCAAAUUGACAAUGAAGGCAGAGUGAACCCAUCAUCAAGUCCUAACCCGUCAGCCAGCUCGACUCGCGCGCGGGCCAUGAGCCAGCAUGAACGAGACCUCGAAGCCGAAUUCCGACGUCGCGUCCCGGACCUCUACCGCAAAGCCCUGGACAUCCAGGGCAGCAGCCGUGGGGCCGCUGCCGAGGCGCCACCCGUUGGCACUGGUACCGAGACAGCAACGGCAGCAUCUGAGGAAGUAUCGACAGGGCAAACAAGGGGAACGAGAUGGGACGGCUCGCCUACGGACUACUCUGCCGGGAAUGGAGGCGGCGAAGACAAAGGCGGAGGUGGCGAAAGGGACAGCACCACCGCCUCGGCUCUUGAUACAAAAGCGCCGCUCGUCGAGUAUCUCGACAGAGGCCUCUCCUACAUCCGGCAGGGGAGACCUGCCGACGCAUCUGUCGAUGCCUCUGCUGCCCCUUCUCGUGACACCAGAAUCACCAGCGCCAACACUCCCUCGGGACUGUCGAAACUCGCCGCGGAGGGUUACCACGCGUACUUUGACUCGGGGGCGGCCGUCUCGACGCUGUCGGACGAUUCGUACGUCAAGAUCGCCAAGGGGGAUGCCCAGCAAGCGAGCGAUCACAUUCCCGUCUCAUCCCUCUCAUCCUUCCCCCCAGGCCCGGGCCAUCACCACCACCAGGAUCACCACGGCGGACUCGGAGGGAAAGACGGGACGAGGGACGCCGCCGCCGGCGGUGGCCCGUCCGAGGAUGAAACGCCCAGAAGGGGCCGGGGCGGUUUCCUAAAUAAGGUUCUGCGGCGAGCAUAA